CAAAUAACAUUUUAUUUGACGUCGAAUCGCGAUCGCGAACAUUUUGUAGAAACUUAUCGCAAUCUGAAUAAUUAUUAUUGUUUCAUGUUCGUCGAGUAAUUAUUUGUAAUAUAACGCUACGAUCUCUUACUAUUUUGAUGUUAGUGAAAAUGUUGUGACAUUGUGAUGUAUCUGUUUAAUUAAGAAAUGGAGACAAAUUCAAGUCAAAAAGUAUCCUGUGUGGUGAACUAUACAUAUGAUGCAUCUGAAGCAGAUGAGCUGACCAUAAGACCAGGUGAUGUCUUGAAGGAUAUAGAGCGGUUGCCUGGUGGCUGGUGGCGUGGUGAACUUAGAGGCAGGAGGGGCAUGUUUCCUGAUAAUUUUGUUACCGUACUACAAGAACAUGCAACUAAUAGGGCUAACACGGUACAAGGGCGGUGCCGUGCUGUAUUCAGCUAUUUGCCUGCCAACCCUGACGAGUUACCGCUUUGUGUUGGUGACGUGCUUGAAGUACUUGGAGAGGUAGAAGAAGGGUGGUGGCAGGGUCGUCGUGCGGGUCGCGUAGGGGUAUUCCCUUCUAACUUUGUGGUAAUGCUCGACCCUCACAACGCUGCCCAACAACCUGCCCCCGUCGAACCCGCGCCCGCCCUACCGCCCAAACCUGUAAAAGAACAAUGCCGAGUGCUAUUUCCAUACACUGCCGUGAAUGAAGACGAGUUGACGUUAGCGGAUGGUGAUAUCGUUACGAUCGUGUCUAAGGACGCGCCGGAUCGCGGUUGGUGGCGUGGCGAAGUUAAUGGCCGCGUCGGACUGUUCCCUGAUAACUUUGUGCAACUAUUGCCUGCUGUUGCACAAGAUGUCGAAGAGAAGAAGCCAGACCGGCCGCCGUCGAAGGGCUCCAAUUCAAUAUACCCAGUGCUCAAUAAGUACUCGGAGAAAACAUCGUCAAUCAAAGAACUCGCCACAACUAAGCUAAGCAUGCACAAAGAAAACACGAUCAGUAAGGAGAGCAGCACACAAAGUACAGUCACGCACACAAGCAAAAGCGAUUCAGAGAAGAUAACACAUAGUGAAUCUGUCACUGACGGUCCGGAUGGACAGGUAAAGAAACCGCCAGUUCCGGUGAAGAAAAGCCCGACUCCAACAUCCGCGGUAACAGGACUGUUUAGUGGACUUAAGAAUAAAAUGAUGUCUUCUUCGGACAAGAGCGAGAAAACAUCAACUUCUAUAUCAAAUAGUAGCAACAGUAGUGUGGAAGGGGACAAACCGGAUGGUGCAUUGUCGAGUAAAGUUGCUAAUACUAACACGUUCGAUCACGUUGAGAGGAAUUCGAUACUAAACGAUCCGAGAGCUAGCAGAGUUAAAGCACCGCGACGAAGGCCACCCAGCCAAGUAAUGAGAGACGAUUCGCCAGUCUCACUUGGUUUGACUAACGGACACGAAGCUUCUCCAGACAAGACAUUAGACAAAUCUUCAGACAGAUCGUCGGAUAAAUCGUUAGAUAAAUCUUCGGAAAUAAAGCCGCGUGCGCGUGAAUGGGAGAAACAUAGAGCGCCUUGGAUGGCGGAAUUGAAAUUGAACCAAGCUAAAAAGGGUGGAUUAGGGGAUAGAAAACAGCAUACUAGUACAGAUAGAAUUGUUGACUGUGGUAUUGAAGAAAAGAGGUCGUCACACUCCAUGGAGAUGUCAAAGAGCACAUCGUCGAUUAGCAGUCGAAUAUCUGUUCUAGAGAGUUCUGAGUCUAGUUUCGAUAAAAUCAGAACCUCUGAUAAGAAGGAAAGUCCGCCACCAGAUCUGCCGACCACAAAGCCGCCACCAUUAACUUCUCCCACUGCUGCUGGCCGAACAUUAACUACGAUGCUCGACGAAAUCAAGAAACCUCCAGCGCCAUCUCCCCCCUUGGCCUCCGCAAGAUUGGACCUGGACAAAUCGCUCGAUAAGUCUGACAAAUCUAUUGAUAAAUCGCUAGACGGGUCGCUCGAUAGGUCUGACAAGUCCUUAGAUAAGUCAGACAAAGUAGAGUUAAGGGAAAAGUCGGAGUUGAAAACGGAGAGAUUGGAGACGAUCAGCAGGUUUUCCAGCGUUUUUAAUGAAGUCGAAGAGAAAGGGAUUAGUUUUAGUUCAAGCAUACUUAGUUCGAGUGGCAUCAGUCCCAGCGCGGAGCGAACUAGCACUUUGGAAAGGAGACACACACGAACACAGGAGCAUGAAGGAAACGAUGCGUUAAUCGCUCAACUUAAUAACAGGAUAUCGAACCUAGAGAAGCUAAUAGAAGUACAAAACGCCAAAUUCACGGCAGCCAUUGAGGAACUCACAAACAAACUAUCUCUUGAAACGGAGAAGAGACAAACACUUCAGACUGAAAUGGAGAAACUGGCGCAGUGCGUCACCCAGGUCUAGUGUAGUUUUAAUUUGCACUUUAUUACAAUGGAAAAAGGCCGUUUUUGUUUCGCCAAUAUUUUAUAGCACAAAUUUGUUAAUUGCAUUUUGAGUCUAGUCCGAAAUCAACGAAAUGAAAUUUACCACCGUUUAGUUUAUUUGGAAAAGUGCAUUUAAUAUUACAGCUGGACGAACAAUAUCAAUUAUGAAAAGAUUUUAAUAUUAUAGUGAAUAUGCUCAAUGUCUGAAGUUCGAUUUCUUAAAAAAAUUAAACAACAUUUUUCGCUCUCUUGUGGAUCUAACUUAACUUUGGAAAUAGUAAUUUUUUUGUUUAUUAAUUGUCAUUGUCUUAUAAAACCGGUACUAAA